AUGACCACUUCGACGGUCAAGUCCAAAUUCCUCUCCCACCCGGAGGACCUUGGCGUCGUUGCCGUGGGCUUCUCGGGCGGCCAGUGUAAGCCGGGAGUCGAUGCCGCCCCAUCAGCUCUGAUCGAGUCCGGGCUGCUCACUCAGCUGCGAGAUGAACUCAACUACAAGCUUCACGGCCACGACACGGUGCAGUCGUACAACGAUCUCAUCCCGCAGGACGACCCGCCAUUCCGCAAUAUGAAAAACCCCAAGGCCGUGAGCAGUGUUACUCAGCGGCUGUGCGACCAGGUCUACUCACAGGCCAGCAAGGGCAGGAUGGUGCUAACCCUAGGCGGCGACCACUCAAUUGCUAUCGGCACGAUCGCCGGCACGGCCAAGGCGGUGCGCGAGAGGCUCGGCCGCGAGAUAGCCGUCAUCUGGGUUGACGCUCACGCCGACAUCAACACCCCCGAGACGAGCGGUUCCGGAAACAUCCACGGCAUGCCCGUGAGCUUUGUGACUGGCAUCGCGAAGGAGGAGAGGCCCGAAUACUUCGGCUGGUUGAAACCUGAGCACCUGCUGAACGUGAGCAAGCUCGUGUAUAUCGGCCUGCGCGACGUGGACUUGGGGGAGAAGAAGAUCCUUCGUGACAACGGCAUCAAGGCAUUCAGCAUGUUUGACAUUGAUCGGCACGGGAUCGGCCGCGUCGUCGAGAUGGCGCUCGCACAUAUCGGCGCCGAUACUCCCAUCCACCUAUCGUUUGACGUUGAUGCGCUCGAUCCGAUGUGGGCGCCGAGUACGGGAACGCCCGUCCGAGGGGGUUUGACACUACGCGAGGGUGAUUACAUCUGCGAAAGCGUACACCUGACGGGGAGCCUCGUAGCUGUUGACCUUGUUGAGGUCAACCCGAGCCUGGCGCCAGAAGUCGACCGGGGAGCCCACGAGACGGUCCGGGCAGGAUGUUCGCUGGUGCGGUGCGCGUUGGGCGAGUCGCUGUUGUAGAGUUACGCCGACGGAGAUCCAUUCGCCCAACAAAUAGCCUCGGGUUGUGUCACGCCCUUUCUUGCCAUUGCGCGAACCAGGAUCGCGGAGGGUGCGAGACGUCUAAAUGAUAUAGGAGGCUGGCGGGUUUACACAUGGGCAAAUAUAGGUAUGUCAGUGCCAGCGGCGACGAAUCGGCCGAAGUAACCGUAAAGAGAAUCCCUUUGUAUUGUCGAUGCCACCCGGAGCAACCGCGCAAGGCUCGGAUUGGGGGUGGGCUUAGUAGAUAGCUCUAUCGGCGACACUGCACUAGACGACAUGUUGUUGACGCGUAGCAAGAAUACAUAGGUGUGGGGGUACCGACGGCAUCGUAUGCCUGCCCUCCCGCUCUGGGCACCCAAAGAAGGGUGGGGGAUUU